AUGGAGUUGCAUAUCCAGUCUGGAUACACAGCUCUGUAAGGUGGAAGCAUCAAUUCGAGCUUGCGGUUUUGUGGCAGCAUUUGGACCACUGAAGAAGAAGCUUGCUUUCAGUCCAUAUUAACGACCCAGAUGAAGAAGCAGCUGAGUUUCUGGGAUGGAGCUGGGAAGCCUCCAUGCCCAAGGGCCAGCUCUCCCCUGGGUGACUGGGUCAGCAAGGCUAGUGUGCGCGACCUCAGCGCUGGGGAUGGAGUUGAUCUCUCCCACCUUUCUCACCAAGCCUUGACCCCGGAGCCCCGAGAGAGGGAAGCGAGCAGCGCUGCCUCAGAAACCAUUCGGCUCAAGGAGAAGCUGAAGAUGAGGAGGAUGUCUGAGGGUCUGUUAGCCUCACGGAGAGGCCUAACUGACUGCAGUGAGCCUAAGGGGCUUAUCUUGAAGCCAGUAAUUUGCCGGUCAGCUUCCCAGAGGCUCCUGGUGACCUCCAAGCCUGUGCCUCCCAUCCAGAACGGCCUUCCUUGCUCAGAGCCCAGCCGCAUGAGCCACGGAGAGCGGGAGCGCGGGGAAAAUGGCACAGGCCGUGAUGACAGCGAUGGGAAUAACAAGGAGCCGAUGUCAGAGACAAAAGGAUAUCAAGCUUCCCUGAUGCCCCUGUAUGGUGAGGCUGGGAAGAAGUCACUGGGAGCGGCUUUGAUUCCCCCUAUCCCCAAGUCAGCAAGACCAUCUGAUGGGGCUCCUGGCAGCGCUGCAGUGCCUCUCCCAAGCUCUCAGCACCUGCUUUUGCAAGAGGCUCUGGAGAUGAGGCCAAGAUCAGGCAGCAGAAAUGAAGAGAAGACCCUUAAAGCUCUAGAGCGCCGGACUCUGGAACCCGUCUUGCCUGUUCUCCGGCGUUGUGGCGUUGGUGGCGUGAAGUCUGCUGGGCAUUUGUGUGAACCUGUGCCCCCAUUGACGGACUUCCCACUCAGCCACGUCAAGGAGAUGGAUCGUCUUAUGAGCCCUCACCUUCUGAGUGACGAGGAGUUGAAGGACAGCAAUGGAAGGAUCCAUGUUACCUUGUCCAAGUCAGCUCAGAAGAAAAUACAGCAGAAGCGAAUGAGAGAGAUGGAGCGUUUGCGUAAAGAGAGGGAGAAAGAGAGAGAACAGGAAGUGUCCUCGCAGCUUCCUCCACAGAGUGUUGACCCUAGGGAUCCGGAUGAAGAAAGCUUUGGCCUACCGCCUAUCAAUGGGGCAGUUCCCAUUUCCACCAGCACAAGCACGGCACGCAGGCAGCGCGCUGGUACGGCCUUGGGGAAGCGGGUCAACAGGCCCUCACUGCCCAGCCUCCCCGUCAUCAGCCAGGGUGGCAGCUUCCCGGAACGCAAGUCCUCAGCGAACUCGCUGCCAGCCAUUGCUCUGGACUUCCUAGAGUGGGGAGAGGAGCCAGAGGGUGGGGAUCCCCGGGAAGCCAAACCCUUCCCUCACCCAGAGCAGGCGGUGCUCAACGCGCUCACAUGGCUCAGCAGCGACGACUGGCAGGAGAAGGCGAAGGGACUCUUCAGCAUCAGGCGCCUGGCUAUCUGCCACUCAGAAGUCCUUCUUUGUAGGCUUCAUGAUGUUUCCUUGGCAGUUACCAAAGAGGUGAACAACCUGCGCUCAAAGGUGUCUCGCUAUGCCAUCGGCACUCUUGGAGAGCUCUUCAGAACCAUGAAGAAGCACAUGGACCACGAAGUGGAUGAGGCUGCUCGUGUCUUGCUCCAUAAGAUGGGGGACACCAACGAGUUCAUUCAGAAAGCAGCCAGUCGAUCCCUGGGGAUCAUGGUGGAGAGCGUGACUCCUGGGCGAGCGAUGACUGCUCUCAUGGCUAGUGGAGUCCAGCACCGCAACGUCCUGGUGCGGAAGUGUGCGGCUGAGCACCUACUGACCGCAAUGCAGCAAAUCGAAGCCCGCAAGCUGCUGUCAUCCGCGCCGGCCAGUACCGAGUUGCUGGUGCGCACGCUGGUGAAGCUUGCUCAGGACUGUCAUCAGGACACAAGGCGUUAUGGACGGAAGAUGCUGGCUAUAUUGAUGAGUCAUCGGAAAUUUGAUAGGUAUUUGAAACGGUCUGUCCCCUCACGUGACCUGGAGGAUGUUAUGGCAGCAAUUAAGAAAGUAAGUCUAGAAGACCGUAAAUGUGAACCUCCAUCUGCCAAGGACCCCAAGAAGUCUAGGAACAGCGGCUUGAUGAUGACCCAGGACAACUUACCUCAUGAUGGAGGGUACUGAGCACUUCUGCUGUUUUUGACGAUGCACAUGACAAGCUUUAUGUCAUAGCUCUUCCUUGGUAAAAUCUUUGUGCUUUACAAGCUCCUGACAGCCAAGGACUUUCGGACACGAAUGGAGGGAGUGAUGCUCCUCCUAAAUCACUGCAAAAGCAACCCGCAGUUCAUCUCCACUAACAUUGUCCAGAUUUUUGACGUUUUUGUCCUGAGACUUCAGGAUUGCAACAAGAAAGUGAACCAGCAUGCGCUGGAGGCGCUGGCUUGGACGACAACCAUGCUUAGAGAUGCCUUACACCCAGCGCUGGUCUCUCUGGUAGCAGCGGUCACAGAGAACGUGAACUCAAAGCACUCGGGGAUUUAUGCCGCAGCUCUGAAGGCACUGGAAGCAUCCAUUGCUCACCUAGAUAACGCAUUGCUGCUGCAAGCCCUUGCCCACCAAGCGCGUUUCCUCAGCGGCCAAGCUCUGCUGAUUGUCGCAGGACAUCUCUCAGUGCUUGUAGGAUCUGUUUAUCCCCGGAAACCCCAAGCUGUCAAGCGCUAUGUCCUGCCCACGCUCUGGUUCUUCCUGGGAAACAGGGUCCUGCCUGUCCGAAGCGGCAACGUCAGACCUGUGGUUGCCAAGCUUGCAAACAGCAUCUACCACGUGAUGGGCUCCAGGCUGAAGGAGCAUGCCGCCAGCCAGCCUCAGCAUGUGGUGAAAAACCUCUGGGACGUUUUGGACCUGACUGACAGGUGA